AUGGGCGGCGGCCAAACUAUCGCGGACCAGAUACUCAAGACGUUCGCCCUGCCGGACGUCGUCGGCUCCAAGACUAGCUCCAAGAAGCUGAUCAAUUUGCUGAGAGGGCACAAGAAGCCCAUUGCGUACCCAGCCAUGUGCUAUGGACCCGAUUCAGGUGACCCGCGGCUGAAGAACAAUAUUGCGCAAUGGCUCACGACAUUCUAUAAGCCCGCGGACCCGGUAUCCGAAGACCGCAUAUGCAUCUCUGGUGGGGCUUCGCAGAAUCUAGCUUGCCUGCUUCAGGACUUUACAGAUCCGGUGUAUACACGGAAUGUGUGGAUCGUCGCUCCGGCGUAUAUGCUUGCUUUCCGUAUAUUCGAGGAUGCUGGGUUCCACAAAAAGCUGAGGGCCGUGCCUGAGGAUGAGGACGGGAUUGAUAUGGCGUAUCUGAGGAGCCAGAUCAAGCUGAGUGAGGAGAGGGCGAGAUCUGAGAGUAAUAAUGAGCCGCAAUUCAAACCUCCAAGGCCUUCAAAUAAAAUCUACAAACAUGUCAUCUACGCGGUUCCAGGCUUCUCCAAUCCCAGCUCCAAGACUAUGAGUCUAAAGCGUAGAGAGGAGUUGGUACGUUUGGCGCGAGAGUACGAUGCCCUUAUCAUUACAGACGACGUAUAUGACUUCCUGCAAUGGCCGUCAAGUCUCAGUCCUAGUACGCUGUCCAUCGAGAAGGCCGGUUUACCCCGGAUUGUCGACAUCGAUAGAUACCUGGACGGCGGCGCCGAAAGACAUGGCGCAGAUGGCUUCGGUAAUGCAGUCUCAAAUGGAUCGUUUUCCAAGAUCUUCGGCCCUGGUUUGCGUACGGGUUGGUGUGAAGGAACGCCCAAGAUGGCGUAUGGUGUUUCGCAAACAGGAUCCAGCCGUUCGGGCGGAGCACCCAGCCAGCUGACAGCCUGCUUUGUGGCCGAGACACUGGAAACAGGAGAGCUCCAACGCUACGUGUACGACCGACUUCAGCCCACCUACGGCAAUCGGUACCGCCGAAUGGUAGAAGCCAUCAACAAACACCUCAUUCCACUGGGCGUUGACAUUCCCCCAAACCGAUCGCGAGGCGCAGUGGUAGCACAACGCGCAAAGGAAGAAGAGAACCUAGCCGUCGCACAGGGCGAAAUGUUCGAAGUACCCGGCGACACCGGCCAUGAAGGCACGUCAUUCAGCAACGACAUCAGGGUUUGUUUUGCGUGGGAAGAAGAAGAUAUGCUUGCAGAGGGUAUUGAAAGACUCGCCACGGUCAUUAACCGCAUGUUGAAGGAAGAGGCCAAUGGAGGACAGGCAACUCAGAAGGCGGCUGCUCAAGAAGAAGACGCGAAGGGUCUGUGGUGA